AUGGAGAAAUCGAAAAACUUCAGAAUUGACGCGCUACUCGCUGAUGAGACCAACCGGGUGAGCAGAGACCUUUCCCCGGGUCUGAGCAGCGACAGCCCAGCAGGCAGCCCGGUGUCCUGCCGCCGCGCGGACACACCGUCCCCGCGGGCCGUACAACUUCAAGGAAUAAUCCACAAACCGGGUGUCCUAAACCUCCCGCAUCCAGGACUCGCUUCAAUUCCCAGCAUGUAUCCUGCACCCAUGUACCCGUUAUCCGCACUGGGUGGCCAGCACCCCGCGUUCGCAUACACCGGUUUCACACAGCUGACACAGACCUACCCGGAGCACCUGAAGGCGGCUGCCAUGGCGGGGUCUCUGCCCCUGGAGCACUGGAUCCGCGCCGGGAUCAUGAUGCCACGACUGCCAGACUACAGCACAGGUCCUCAGUCUGGUCUGUUGGGGAAGUGCAGGAGGCCCCGUACCGCCUUCACCAGUCAGCAGCUGCUGGAGCUGGAGAACCAGUUUAAGCUCAACAAGUACCUGUCCAGACCCAAACGCUUUGAGGUGGCCACCUCACUCAUGCUGACUGAGACACAGGUCAAGAUCUGGUUCCAAAAUCGCAGGAUGAAGUGGAAACGAAGCAGGAAGGCAAAGGAGCAGGCCACUGCUUCAGCCCAGUCUGAGACACAGCGACUACGCAGUGGAGGAAAAACGACCACUGACAAGUCAGACGAGAACAGAAGAGCUGUCAACCCAGAGGACAGAGGGAUAGAUCUGGAUCUGGAGGAUGGAGAAGAGGAGGAAGAGGAGGAGGAGGAGGAGGAGGAAGAAGAGGAGGAAGCCCAGCAUGGUUUUCCUGUUGGGAUGCCACGAUCCACGGACUUCUUGCAGCGCAGUGCCGACGUUGGCUAUAAUCCCCACAGCCCUUUCUCUGAUGAGGAGCUUGACGGGGUGCAAGCAGGAGGAGGUGACAGGAAGAUUGGGGCAGGACUGUGA